GAAAUGGCAGUGGUUUGCUUGGUGCCGUUCAGAAAUCGCUUGUGUAAGGGAAGAUAACCUGCAUGGCUGCUUGUGAAACAAUAAUUUCCUUCCUCAUCUUCAGUGUGAUGACUAAUAUGAGUGAAUCUCUGGUGGUUUGUGAUGUUGCCGAAGACCUGGUGGAGAAACUGAGAAAAUUCCGAUUUCGCAAAGAGACCAACAAUGCUGCCAUUAUAAUGAAAAUCGACAAGGAUAAGCAGUUGGUGGUGCUGGAUGAGGAGCAUGAGGGUAUUUCUCCCGAUGAGCUAAAGGAUGAGCUGCCCGAGAGACAACCUCGAUUUAUUGUGUAUAGUUACAAGUACCAGCAUGAAGAUGGAAGAGUUUCCUAUCCAUUGUGCUUUAUCUUCUCCAGUCCAGUUGGAUGUAAGCCUGAGCAGCAGAUGAUGUAUGCUGGAAGCAAGAAUAAGCUUGUACAGACAGCUGAACUCACUAAGGUAUUCGAAAUCAGAAAUACAGAAGACCUAACUGAAGAAUGGCUGCGUGAGAAACUGGGCUUCUUCCACUAAGGAAAACCUCUGUUCUAAGUAUUUAUGUAACGUCCUGGUGAUACUGGAACCAGACAUGAAUACUUACGUCCAAGCAAUGCACUGUGUUCACAGCUGUCUCCUGCAGUAUCUCUCUUGUGCAGAGUUUGUGCGAAGAAUGGCAGGUCUGUCUCCUUGAAGUAACAAAUCUUUGCAGGUGUUUUCUUAUUUGUACCUGCUAAAAGGGAAUACUCCUCUGCAGGGACUCCUUUUGCACUCCUGUGACUAAUAUUUCUGUAACUAAAAUAGUUCAGUUCUGGAUUUAUAACCGUGUACAAACAUCAUUUGGAAGCUGACGCUAACUUUUUCUGAGCUACAAACGAAUCCUUAUGACACAUUAGCCAUUUAUAUGCAGAAUUUAUGUACUGUCGUUGCUUUUUGGGUUUUUUUUUUUCCCCCCCAGUGAUUCCCCCAGCCCCUGGUUGUGCUUCCAGCUCUGUGUGGGGCUCCAGGAGCAGGAGGGAGCUGGGACAGCCCUGGCCCUGCUGGCUCCUCAGUUGCUGGUGCUCUCCUCGCUGUGUGAGUAGGCUCCCAACAAAUCCAGUGAGGACGUGGCUGCUGCUGCUGGAAGCGAGGUGGUGUUGGCCGCAGUGCCUUGUGUUUCCAUCCUGUUCUGCAGGGCAGGAUCCGGCUUCUGCAUCCUGCGGGCCACCAGCCCGGCCAGCUGGGCCUUGCUGCUGAGCUUGCCCACGCUCUGCUCCCAGCUCUCCGUCCUUGGCUUCUUGCUCUGGAGCUGGGGGUCCUCCUGCAGGACGUCUGUGGGUUUUGUUUGGGCUGUGGGAUUCGGGCAGGGUUUCGCUGGUUCCUUGUCAGAGUCAGAAUCCACCAGGAGCCGGCGGUUCUGGGCAUGUUCCACCAUGGCCUUCAUCUCCUGUUCAUCCUCCUCCUGCUUCUUGCACCUCUGCUCCUCCUCCAGCUCCUUGUACUGCUUCAGCGUGGCCUCAGAAUCCACGUUGGCCUGGCACUGGUUGAGCUUUCAACUCCUGCAGGUUCUCCAGGACCUUCAUGGGAUUGUUGAGCUCUUCCUCUUCCCUCUCCUUCUGCAGCCUCUUUUCCUCCUCCUCCAGGAGCUUUUCAACCUGGAAGUUCCUUGUGGCACCAUGUUCCACGGGGUAAUCUGUGUUCUUGGGAUCUGACUUGAAGGUGAUCUCAGCCAGGCAGCGCGUGCACUUGAUGACGCAGAAGAUGGGCAGCCCCAGGUAGACCUCGUUCUGCACUGUCCCCUUGUGGGCACUGAAUUUCUUGCCCUUGUAGAUGUGCUCCCUACAUGUCUUGCACCUCGUGUUGAAGGGGGCCACCAGCCUCAGCACGUACUGCCGGUCCUUGGGGAGCUCGAGCUUCGGGAUCUUUGCCGGAUCAAAGUCCGGUGGGUAAUAUUUGUUCAGCACUUUCCGCUCUGAAGCUGCGGCUUCUCCCGCUCCCCAGUGCUUCUGGGCUUGACGCAGGAUUGACUUGGGCACAGUGACGUGUGCCCAGGGUCUGCCCACCAGUGCCAGCAAUGGGCAGGUGCAUCCAGUUGUCUUGGUUUGGAAGGACAGGUGUCUGCCAGGGAAAGGCGGAGCUUCUCUUGGAAUGCAGAAUGUAAAACCCCUCCCUCCAAAUUAUAUUACAGUUUUGAAGUUAAGAGGCUUUCAGGCAAAGAUAUGAGAAUAGGAGUAACAGUUCUUGACUAGGAAUAUUAAAAGUAAAAAUGUAGUAGUACGAAAAAGCAAACAAAAAAAAUCACUGACAGAGUCAGAAUAUGAGCCUGUUGGUCAAGGUGCUGGGAGCAGUCCAGUCAAGUCCUCCUGCAGUGACAGGUGUGGUUCUAGCAGAGAUGAUCCUGUAGAAGGGUGUAGUUUUCUCUGAAGGCCCAGUGGUGGUGGGAUGGCUCCGGGGUUCCUCUGGCAGUCCAGUGCACACAGGCUGUGCUGCUGUUCCCAAUCUCAGGUUUUAUCCAGGUAGGAAUGCCGGGCUCCUCCCCUGGCUGCAGCAUCUCCCGAGGGAGGAUGGAAUUGUCUCAGCCCUGCAGUGAGCCUGGAUGGCCCAUGGACAGCAGAUAUCUCCUGCAGGGAGGAUGGGUCCUGGAAGGGAUAAAGAGCAGUGACACAGCUGGAUUAACAGCUGCCCAUGAACAGAAGACACCCAGCCCCUCUCCCCUCCUGGAGUUAGGUGGAAUGGGGUAUAGAAGAGAUGAAGAAAACACCUCCCCAGCCGGUUUCAACAGAUGAUAUUAGAAUACACACUAGUGGUUACAUCUUGCAUUGCUACCCAAGACGGAUGCAGGCAGCAUUGUAGGUGCAGAUUUGCAGUCUAACCGGUCAGCUCCAGGAUAAGGCAGCCCGAGCAUGUUUGCGGUGAUGCAGGACACGUGCAGCUCCAGCGCAUGCUGUUCAGAUGGCUGUGCAGGCGCGCUCCACGCCUCUCCGCAGCAGCUAGGCACUGCUUCGUGGUGGCAAGGCAGGGCUUUGCGGCAGCUGGCUGGGGUUUUGGUGCGAUCAGCGGUCCGCUGUCAGCGUGUCCCAGCACUUGGCCGCAGGACACCCCCGGAAGAGGCACCCCAGCCGAGCCGGUGGCACAGCCCUGCACGGCCGUGGGACGCUCCUCCAGGGAAGAGUCCCGGCACGGAGCGGCAGCACGAGUUCACGUGGCUGCUUUACCCGUCCUCUCUCGUGUGCCCGUUCCAGCGUCCGCACCUGCCGCUGCUCCUCCCGGUGCCCUCUCCUCGCUGCCGGCCUCAGUUGGUGGCGCCUGCAGUGUCCCCACCGCCGUCCUUGCGUCACGCUCGGUUUUUAACUGCCUUAACAAGUCUACUAAAAGCCUCCAGGGCUUUAUCACAUCGAUGGCUGCCUCAUCUCCUGGGGAGGCUUCUUCAAUGAUACACCUGCCAACCCGCUCCCAUGUUUUCAAAUCUAGAGCGGUUCCUUCCGUUACACACAGUCCCUGUUUCUCAGACCACGUUAGCAGGGCCGGUAAAGCCUUGCUUGUUUAUCUUAGCCCAUUUCUUUAGAAAAGGAAUCCAUACCUUCAUAAUGGGGUCUUUGUGUACUGAGGUCCACACUCCCAUAUUUUUCUUGCCCUGUGGCGUCUUCUCCCAUAAAAGAAUCCCCAGCAGCCGGGGUCUGCUCUCCAACAGGCCUUACUGGUCAAGUUACAUAAUUAAGGUAAUUAUAUAAUCAACCAUAUUUCAGUGACAAAGUUAGAAUUAAUUUAUAACUGUGAGGCCUAUAGGCCAGCUAUAAGCCACCACAUACUGUCACCAGAUUUUUUUGACUUCAUGUCUUCUCAAUUUUGAUUGCUCCCUGGAAGCAUUUGUUCGGUAUUAAUCUUUGUACAGCAAAUCCAUGCAUUUAUCUUUCCAUCGAGUCCAUGUGAAGUGUGUCAAAUUCUUGGAACUAAUUUUUGUCAUUCCAGUAAUUCCUCAGUUGCCUGAGUCAAUCUUUCUAAAUUUCAGGGCAAAGCUUUGACUGUCCAGUUCUCAUGCUAGUACAGUCUCACAGGAACUAGCUGAUAAUUAAGGGCUGAACUACAACUCUGGUUCCUCUUGUACCAGAUUUCUUCUUGCAUCUCUAUUCUGACACUCUUGAGAAGUUUACCUCUGCUCAUUUCCUGUUAUCCGAACACCUGGUGAUACUGUGUGCCUUUCAUUUGUUAGCUUUAAAAGGACUUGAGAAUUUUACACUGCCACUUCUUACAAAUUUGGUAAAAUCUUUGUUAAAGAAUCCGAGUAAUAUUUGUUCCUAGUGCCUCGUGCUGCAGUUGACAUCUGUUAAAACAAAAAGCCAACCUCAUUUUCUUUGAAAUUCCAAUAAUCUGCUCCAUUUGUAGGAGUCAGGAGGUUAAAGCUUUUCAUGAUAAUGAACGAUUUAUAUCUCUUUUGUUAUAAAAGUUGGUCACACGUAGCUUUUGAGUACUUUAAUUACAACUUCUAACUUUCUUAAUGGCUUUUUGGUCAAAAUUACAUUCCAGAUGAAGCUUUUGCAUAAGUGACCAUUUGAUUUUUCAUCUGCUUAACGGUUCAUCUCUUUGAAACAGCAAACCUGAUGUGAAAAUAACGUUUAACUUUUAUAAAUGACCAGUCUUUUUGCAGGUCUGUUUUAUAUUGAAUAGAGUAGCUGUCUGACGUGAGACACGUUCAGCCUGUGCUGUGGCAGGAGGAGCACUCAUGGGGCAGUCUCUCCCUAUCUUGCUUGCGAGUGUUGUGCUACUGAACGAGUAUCUGCGUAAAGAGCAGCUUCCUGUUGAUAGCACACCUUAAAAUACAGCUGCCCCAACCAAUCUGCUCGCUGGGAAGGAAUGCAGUGUUAAAUUUGGAGGCCAGUAUUUCACGCUGUGAAACCUUUGCUGAAAGUGGGGUUGUUUUUCAUUUGUCAACAUAGGCUGUGUUAGUGGUAAAACACUAAUUCCUGCAAGAUCGCAAGGAAUUCAUUUGCAAAGGUCUUCGGUGUUGGUAAAUCUCUUCCUAGUUUGAUGUUAUUACUCAUUUAUUUGUAUAUAAAUCUGACUUGAGAGAAGCUUUUCCAAAUACGUGUUGGAAUGAUCCAAUUAAAUUGAUCUUUCGGUGCGGGAAAGAAGUGCUUGUAAUUAAAUUUCUGUGUUAACGUACUGAACUGGAAAAGCAAUUUCAUUUCCCUGGACGGAAAAUUGUUGACUAUGAAACCGUUGCUUGAUCAUUCUGUACUGCAGAUCAAUAAAAGCAAUGUCUUUUGUGACAAACAUUGUAUAAGUAAGACUUUGGCUUAAAGGAUAGUGCCAUUCCAAGCAUCAGCCUGGAAACAGCAAGAAUCCCUUUUGAGGUUUUUUUGGGGAUUGUACUAAAGGUGAGGCAUGUCAAAGUACAGCGUGGGCGAGAGGGAAGCUGCUGCUUGGAAUGUUCAGCUUGAUUUGCAGUGGGGAAAAACUGGAUUAAUCAUGUCUGUUGUACUUUGUACACUGGUGGGCUGCCAGCAGCCAACUGCUGCCUGCACAGGUCUGCACAAAAAUAACUGUGCAAGGGGCCUGUAUCAGGAGGGAAGGGAGGAGCUGCUGCACGAAAUGAUCGAAUUUGACCUUUCAUCUCCGGAUUGCUCCACCUUCUGCCAAGAAAGCAUUGCUCCUUACAGCAGAAUCUUCAGCUGAGUUCUUCCACCUCACGUGUUCUCGUGCCUCACUUAAGCACUUUCUGCCUUGGGUGCUGCCCCUGCAGCCUUGCAGGGAGCAAACAGAUCCUCGUGAGAGUGUUUAAGCCCAGUUUCUCCUGAAAGGUGCUGUUGAUGCUGCUCAGCCCACCAGUAUUACCCUUCAGCCAGCCCUGCCUGCUGUUCCUCCCUCCCCUGGCUGGGCUGUGGAGGCAGCUGCAGGUUCUGGGAAGGACGAGCGUGCAGAGGGUGUUUGCUCUUCCAGCCUCGUUUGUGUUCUCCUUGGUCUUAAUGCAGUGUUUUGACACGACUGGCUGCUGCUAAUUGUCCUGGGCUCUUGAGAUGCACGUAGUGCUAGCACUUGAUUAAACAAAGACAUCGUGAUGUUCGAGUCUUUCCUGCACAAAUAAUCCUUGUUUUCAUAACAUCCUUUCCCCACCUUAUCUGUAGAACUGUGUGUUCUGUGCUGCUGCCUCCUUAGGCUCAGUGGGAGGCAGAUGAGUCCAUGUUGAGGCCAGUAUGUUCCAGCUGGGCUUUGCUGGUGAAUUGCCCAUCUCUAAUCAAGCAUUUCUCUGGAAUUUUCAGACUUGUAAAGGACAGCAUAAAUUAACCUAGGGGAGCCUUUGUAGCUAAAGGUCUGAGAAGUCAGCAUUUUCCAUUGGUAGCUCCUAUUUUUCAGGAGUUAGUAAGUUGGCCAUAAAAUCCUUGGUCUGGAGUUGAAGGUCUCUCCAAGGGAGACUUCUGCCACAACUAAUCAGGUUUGCUUUAAAUAUUGACUAGAUGGCUGGGAUACAGCUCUUGUAAUCCUAUUCAUUGAUGGAAAGCUGAAAUAAAGCAUGAGUUUGCAUGUCAGCCCAUGAAAUAGACUUGUAGUAUUUUGAAUAUUUUUAACAAAAAAAAAAAACCCCGUAAAUGCUGAUAUUUGAUGGUUUAAGUGUAUUUCUAGUAUCAUGAAUACUGUUCUGUAAAAGGAGGCAAUAAUGCAGGUGUUGACACCUUUUUCACUUCUCCAAAGGAGCAUCUUUGCAUUUGUCCCAGGAUUCCAUUUUUGUAUCUUUAACUGUAAAACAGCUGGUCCAGAAACGAUAGCAGGGAUCUGACUCAGAGAGGCAGAAGCAAGAGAAUUCAAUUCCUUACUUCAGUGCAUUCCAAAAAUAAACAUCAUGAACAUUUUUUUAAUAGAAACGUGUAGUGACUGUGAAAUGGAGCCGUGGUGGGACAUGAGAAGGGGCUCAGUGAAACUCACGUGUUUGUUCUGUGGUUCAGACUCAUUGUCUUAAAAGGUGUGAGAGGUUCAUGGCCAGACUUGAGAAUUUGGCAGUUCCAUGAAAAUACCAGUAACCAGUACAACUUCCAUCUGCAGUUUAGUCUCUGCUGCUUCACACCGCAUGUUUACUUCAAACCAAAUCUUUUAUUGCUAAGCAUGGUGCUUGUAUUGGUUUAAAUAAAACGUUUCAUUAAGA